AUGAUCACUUACGCCUCCAUUUUGCUUAUGAUUGUUAUCCUAAAGGAGAGACAAUUACACCACAACUCACUCAUUCAACGGCAGACAUGGAAUGAACGGUACGACUACAUAGUGGUCGGCGCCGGCAGUUCCGGAUGUGUUGUCGCCUCACGACUGGCCGAAGACACCAACAAAACCGUACUUUUAAUAGAGGCCGGCGGGGCUCAGGAUCUGGCCAGCGAUGUGCCCGGGCUUCAGAGGCUACUGUACGGCUCGAAACUAGACUGGAAAUACCAGACAGUGCCCCAACCGCACGCCCACAAGGCCUUAGAGGGUCAGAGGCCUAUAAUAUCCAGGGGUAAAGUAUUCGGGGGGUCGUCAUCGAUAAACACGAUGAAUUACUACCGCGAAACUCACUCCUACUUCAAGACAUGGGGCGACAAGACUGGCAUCAAAAACUGGACGCACGACAGAGUGUUCCCGUAUUUUUCCAAAUCGGAAAACAAUCUGGAUUUCCGUUUAGUGGCCGACUAUCCGGAGCUGUACAACAUGGGUGGCCCCCAGUCUAUCAACACCAUAGCGCCCGAUGCUAUACUGGGCCGAUAUUUUAAAAAUAUGCAAAUGAUGGGCUACCAGGUCAACGACCCGGAUGGCUCAAAGCCGUUCGGCACGACCAUGAUGCGCCGGGCGGUGAUGAACGGUGUCCGCCAGUCAUCGUCCGUGUCCUACAUUGAAAAACGCCCGAAAGCCAAUCUGCACACUCUGGGCGACGCUCUGGUCACUAAAGUGCUCAUCAAUAGCCGUAAAGAAGCCAUCGGUGUUGAGUUCGUCCGCAACGGAGCCAAUCAUAGAGUGUACGCAAACGGAGAAGUUAUUGUCAGCGCCGGUGCCGUCGGCAGCCCUAAAAUCCUGAUGCUGUCGGGCAUCGGACCCAAAGACCAUCUCCAGGAGCACAACAUUAAGGUUGUGUCGGAUCUGAAAGUGGGUCACAACCUGAUUGGCCCGAUUGGCUUUGAGUUAAAGUUUGAUAUCAAAAACCAGUCACUGAUGCAGAAACCGGUGGAGAGUUUUGAAAACUUUUACAACUAUUUUAUACAUAAUAGAGGGCCGUUGGCCUACAAGGGCUCGGCGCUCACCUGUUACCCGGAGCAUCCGCUACCCGGUUAUACCGAUGUGACCCAAGGGUGCGCUCUACCCCGUACGGACGUAUUGGGAGUGGAUCUGGAAAAGUUGGUCACGCAAUACAAGGACAAAGACGCGUGGCGUGAAUACUAUCGGCCAUAUUUGAACCGGUCUUACAUCGCGUGUUUUACAAUGUUGCGGCGGCCUAAGGCAACUGGACGCAUAAAACUAGCUAGCUCAAAUCCACUUGACACGCCUCUAAUCGAUUCGUGCACAUUUUGCGACCCCCAAGACCUCAAAGACAUAGUCAAAGUGUUCAAAACAACCAUCAACUCAUAUACCACCCCAUAUAUGAAACAGUUCAUCGAGCCGUACGCCAAACCCAUACCCGACUGUACGCCCUGUACUGAUAACUAUUUCUGCGACCCGUAUCUCACGUGUAUCGCAGAGCACGUGACCAAUCCUAUCGGCCCAUUGGGCGGCAAUCGUAUAGGCAUUGCCGGCGACCCGAACGCUGUGAUUGAUGAGAGGCUCCGUGUGUUUGGUGUGUCGCGACUCCGUGUAGUGGACACGAGUAUAAUGCCGGUGUCCACCGAUGAGGCCAACGCCAUAGCCGUUAUGAUUGCCGAAUACGCCUCUGCGAUGAUUAAGGAGGAUAAUGGAGAUACGAAAUACAGACCUUGA